AUCGAAGAUAGCAAAACGUGUUUUGARUCAUUUGUGAAUGGUGAUACUUUUGAGAGUGUAAUUCAGAAAACGACUAAAACUUAAUACCAGUUUCAUAGUAUUCCCAAGUCUUCAUCAACUCAGAGAACAAAUAUGCUUCUUUUCAAUGACACCUUGGGAAUGAAUGUUAGCAAAACGACUUCAUCGUCAGCGGGUGACCAGUUUGACCUUCCCCUUUCUCAUGGAGCAUCAAUCGUAGCUAUUAAUUUUCUUCUUUCCAUUACUGGAACAUUUGGAAACUUCCUGAUAAUCUUUGCUAUUUUAACAACACCGCAGCUUCGACAAAGACCAUCCAAUUUUCUUCUCUUGAGUCUAGCAGUAACUGAUUUGUUAGUGACUACAGUUGCACAGCCACUUCUUGCAUCAAAUGUUUUUCUGAAAACCAGAGGCAAUCCAUGUGCCCGUGGAGUCGAUAUGGCCUUCAUGAUGUCGGCGACCUUUUCCGCCGGUUGUUCUAUAAACCAUUUGGCAGUUAUAAGCAUCGACAGAGCGCUGGCAACGGUUAAGCCCCUUGAACAUCACAACAUUCUGAAGCAUUGGUACAAAGUGAUGUUAUCUGUCUGUUGGGGAUCAGUUGCUAUUGCAGUAAUCGUAUAUUUCAGUGUAAAAUUCACUAAAGCAGAAAACAUUGCCGCUCGUACAUUGAGCAUUCUUACUGCCGUAUACAUUACUAUAGAUUUUCUCAUCAUGAUCGGUUCAUACGCAAUUAUUAUCUACAGAAUCAAAUUCCCUAAGAUCCAGCCAAAAAUCAGGUCAAGCUCUUCCACGGCGCACGAGAGAGCAAUGGAAAAAAGGGUUUCUGGAACUAUAGCGAUUCUGAUUUUUUUAUUUGCCGUCACCUGGUUCCCGUAUACUGGAUACAGAAUAUCCAAUCCUGAUACCUCUGCGCAUUGUUCGUUUGAUCUCACACUUCUAUGGAUUCGUACACUUUUCUUAGCUAACUCGUCCAUGAAUUUCAUCGUCUACAGUUCAAGAAUCCGUCAGUUUCGAACUGCAUACUUAAGAAUCAUUACCAGAAUGCUGCAACCAUUUAGGAAUAUUGCGGGAAAAUGCUUUAGCGCAAGUUCUGAGCAACAGAAUACAACACAGAUUACCGUUGUCCCUUCGUCUAUAAACACCACGAGUUUAUCGAAUGAAAUGCAAGAGAUGAGCGAAAUAAAAUCAAAUGUCAAGCAGCACAGCAACUGAAAUGUGAUACACUUCAGACAAGYGUAAAAACAUUGGUGGUGAUUUUAUCUUAUUUUCUUAAAGAAAAGGAGACCAACAGCAGUUUUUUUUGCAAAUUAUAAAUGACUAUAACAAGAGAGAAAUGCCAAUUUGCCUUAUUGGUGUUUUAUUAAAUUAAAACAAAAAUGUAACGAGAACGAUUUGAAUACAAAAUUGCAACUGAAAUUGUCAAAACAACUGAAAACGAACGCCCUUAGAGAGCUACUGCGACUUUCAAAGAGUAUCCUAUACUAAAAAUAUCUUUAUUGUUCAAUACAACUUAAUCAAGAGUAUCCACCUGACAAUUUAAGAGUGUCUUAUUUUCAAAAUACCCCAUUGAAAUGACCUUAUUUUUAGUAUCCAAUCGAAGGGAUCGGAGGUCUUUCGGAUAAUUCAAAACGAUUAAAUUCAAAUGAAAUUAAAUUCAUUCCGGUGUUUUCCAGCGGAGCUAUUUAGAAGUUGACAUGUUUUGGGAACCUUUUUAUAAACUC